AUGAACAAUCACGAGAAACUGGAAGAAGGUUACUCUACGCAACGUCCUCCUAUGUUCAAUGGAAAAUUCUACACCUAUUGGAAGAACAGGAUGGAGAUUUUUAUCAAAGCCGACAACUACCAGGUUUGGAGAGUGAUCGAAGUUGGUUAUUUUGAAAUUACCAAAACCACUGGUGAAAAUGAGGUAGUACUUAAACCCAUGUCUGAAUUUGAUAAGGAAGAUUUUGAGAAAAUGGAAAUUAAUGCACUUGCUGUUAAAUUACUUCAUUGUGGACUUGGACCAAAUGAACACAACCAUGUUAUGGGUUGUAAAAAUGCUAAAGAAAUUUGGGAUUUACUUCAAGUCACUCAUGAAGGAACUAACGAAGUGAAACGCUCUAAGAUUGACUUGCUUAUGUCAAAAUAUGAACGGUUUGAAAUGCAACCAAAAGAAUCAAUUCAGGAAAUGUUAACUAGAUUUACUAACAUUACUAAUGAGCUUGUUUCUCUUGGAAAUCAAAUCCCUAUAGAUGAGCAGGUCAGAAAAGUUCUAAGAAGCCUCCCCCAAGAUGAGAGAUGGAGAGCCAAGGUGACAGCCUUACAAGAAACAAAGGACUUCACAAAGUUCAAUAUUGAGCAACUUGCUGGUUCCCUUAUAACCCAUGAGCUACACCUAGGAACAAGCAACAGUGAAGGAAACCGAGGAAAAGGCUUGGCUUUCAAAGAUGGAGAUCAAGAAGACUCUGAAGUCGAUGAAGAAGAGGUUGCUAUGUUGGUAAGAAGGUUCAAAAGAAUGUUCAACCGAAACAACAAGUCAAGGAACUUCACCAAGAAACCCUCUACUUCAAAAACUGACUCUGGUUGUCACAAAUGUGGAUCUCUAGAACACUUUAUUCGUGAGUGUCCACUUUGGGAUACAGAGAAAGACAUUAGGAAGGCUAUGAUUGCUGCCUGGGGAAAUUCUGAAAGUGAGGAUGAAGAGAAACAACCUGAAGAAGAAACAACUCAUCUAUGUCUGAUGGCCAAACGUGAUGAAAAGGCUUACAACGAUGAGCUUGCUAAAGAGGUAUUACUUGAUCCUAAUGUGCUUAAAACUUAUACUAAAGAUGCUCUCAUUGAUUUAGUGUUUGAAUUAGAAGACGACUGGACUCACACUAGUAUUCGUCUAGGUGAAUGUCAAAGAGCUCUCAAAGUCAGCAAGGAACACAGUACGUGGAUUGAGAAUCAACGAGCUGAUGUUCAAAGUAGAUUUUUUGAACUUUUUGACAAAAAUCUUCUAUUAAAAGAAAUGAAUGAGAAACUCAAGUUUGAGAAUAUCAUGGUUAAUGUAGAAUUGACUCAAUACAAACUUGCUAAUACUGAAGUGUCUCCGAGUUCCUCCUCUGAAUCUUUGCCUAAAUUGAAUGAGGAUUUUGAAAAAUUAAAAUAUGAUCUUGAUGAGUUAAGAAUUGAAAAGGCAAAAUUAGAGAAGGAACUUGAGCAUCGGAAAGAAAGAAGCAUUAGCCAGUUUGGAAUUCCUAAGUGGAUAGAGAAUGCUCAAACCAAAAGAACUGAAGGUCUAGGAUUCAUACGUUCUAAGCAUAAGGGCAAGAAAAAAUAUGUAGACCUGCCUAGUUAUAAAGUAUGUACCUUCUGUGGUAAAACUGGUCAUCUUGUUGCCACGUGUUACAAGAAGGAACAGUCUGUUAGUAAGAAUGUUAGGCAAGUUUGGGUCCUAGUGAGGGGGAACAACACGUGGUACCUCGACAGUGGUUGUUCAAAGCAUAUGACAGGAGAUAAAUCAAAGUUUCUCUCACUAGAGGCCUAUCCAGGAGGAACUGUGACCUUUGGAGACAACAAAAAGGGUGAAGUAAUUGCUAAAGGAAAAGUAGGAAGGUCCAGAAACUCUGAACAAGACAAUAAUGAUUAUGAAAUUGGCAUGAUUAGAGACAGGGAAGAAGAUGAAGAAACCUCCAAGCAAACCAAGGAAGUAAGAGAGGAACCUGAACAGGAACAUAAAGAAAAUGCUGAAGUUCCUAAUCAAGAAAACCCGGAGGAACAAGAUCAUGGAGAACCUGGCAACAAGGAAAAUGGAGAAGAAACUGAAGAAGAAGUGCCUCAAAUAGGAGUUCCUGCCAGAGAAUUUCAACCAAAGCCAUUCAGAUAUCGAGGCUCUCAUCCAACAGACCUUAUUAUAAGUGAUAUUGGUAGAGGAACUCAGACCAGAUCACAGUUGAGGAACUUUUGUGCCUUUCAAGCCUUCCUAUCCAUUAUUGAGCCAAGGAAUCAUGAUGAAGCACUAAAGGAUGCUGACUGGAUAAUUGCCAUGCAAGAUGAACUUAAUGAGUUCGAAAGGAACAAGGUCUGGCAUCUUUAA